AUGACACUGAAAACUUUUAUUGUUUUAAGCACUUUCUUCUCGACAACUUUUUCUAUUACAAAAAUCAAGACAGUGAAUGUUGAUCGUAACGGUUUUAUAUAUUCCGAGGGUUAUCCAAAUCAAUAUGUGACAGGAAAUGGUCCAUUAGAUUAUUACGAUUGGAUGAUCGCAUCGAAGAAUUGGUUGAAUCUAGUCGUUUUCUUUGAUCGUUUGGAUUUAAAUGAGAAGGAUGUCUUACAAUUUUGCACUUCUGAUCAAUAUUAUAGUUGCUUAGACUCGACGGGCAAAUGCGCGGGUUGUGUGAGUAAACCUUCUCCAUUUUGGUAUCCAGAAAUGGGUCCAAUGUUUGCCUAUUAUCGACCUUUCUCUAAUUCAUCAAUUAUUACAAGAAAUGGUUUCCAUGCGGCUAUCGUUGAAGUCGAUCCUAAUUCGGAGAGUUAUUUCACUUGUGGACAAACGUAUGAUAUCAGUGCGACGAAUUCGCAAACAUAUUUUGUUUCACAAGGCUAUCCAUCAAUGACAACAAAAUUGCAAAGAUGUGCGACGGACAUUGUGUCAACGAAUGCAAUUCGAGUUCGCGUCACUGAUUGGGAGUUCAAUCUAAGCGAUACAUUCAGUAUUUAUGGAAAUGGAAUCGAUGGAACUUUUCAAAACAUUACAUUUCGAGACGGCGAUUGGGCACAAAGCGUGCAAACGAUUUAUUUUUUGAGGAAAGCCACCAUCGAUUUCCAAAUGCAACAAGGGACUUACGAGGGAUUGAACUUUUUUACUCUUUACGCUGAACCGUUCAAUGUAACCACUCCAACUUGUCUCUCCUUUGGACAACAAGAUUUUGUCGAUCAGGAAUUCGAGAUCUACACACCGAACUACUUUUUGGAUACUUUUGAGAAUUAUCCAAACAAUAUGUUGUGCACUUGGAGGAUUUCGGGAAUCACUGGUGAAUCGCAGAUGAUUUUGGAGAUUGUGGGAAUCGAGAUGGAAGAGGGGGCCGACUUUUUCUCGUCUACCGAAUUUGAUUUUAAGAUUUCCACAAUUGAUGAUGACUUUAACAGAUAUAAGAUUGGAAACACUUUGAAAAACGCUUCCUUUCAAAUCACCUCCGAUGCACUAGAAAAUGGGCUUGGUGUGUACGCGAAAUUGCACAUUCUCGAUUGUACAUGUACUGGUGGAAAUUACACAAUUGACUCGAAAAAUUCGACUUAUCGUUUCCGUAUGCCGAUCGAUGUUUCAGGAAAUAGUCGAACGGAAAGCUAUUGCAGAAUGAGCACCACUUGUGAUUGGGUAUUCAAAGUGCAAUCAAAUCAGAAUGUCACCUUGCAAUUCACUCAAGUAGAUGUUGGUUACGGUGAUGUGCCGAAUGUUUAUGUUGAUGGGAAAUUCGUGAACACUGUUUAUGAUGCUCAGACAUUCAAGUUUACGAAUAAAUCGCAAAUCGAGAUCAGUUGGGAGGCGGUGCUCGAUUCAGUGGACAGCGAGAAUCCGUUUCCAACUGGAUUUCACUUUAUCAUCUAUAUUGGAGACACUCCAAUGCCAGAACAAACAACAACAACAACAACAGCAACAACAACAACACAAAGCACUUCCACAAUCACUUCCACAAUCACUUCAACACAAAUCAUCACAAGAAACUCAAGUCCGGCACAAACAAAGACGACAACUUCUGCUACUUCAACCCCAACAACUUCCAUCUCAACUUCCAUCGUCUUCCUCAAAACAUCUCUAUUACUCUCCAUUUGGUUACUUUUAGUAAAUGUU